AUGUAGUUUCUUUCAAAUGAAACUAUACCUGAUAAAAUAUCAUUGCAGCAUAUUUAAGAGGAUUAUAAAGGACUGUGAUGCUGAUUAUGCUGCACUUUCAGAAAGGAGUAGUGAAUGCCCUGAAUCUUCCACCCUUUUGGAUGAAAAUGCAUUGCCUAUUCCUCCAAUGGAUGAAGGAGCUUUAGUGUGUACUAUGCCUCCAUCAGAACUUCUAACCUUUUUUGAGGAACUAGAUGAAGAUGGAAAUCCUAAAGUUAGCAGUGAACCUGAAAAGCCUCAUGAAAGCAAGAAAAGAAGGAUUCCAACAACAGAAGAGAAGAAUAAAAUGGAAGUGCAACAACCUACCAAUGAAGGAUCAGCAUCAAUCCGCCGCAACAAACUCCGAAAAAGAAAGCAACAACAAAUCACCAUUGCAAACAAUCCAAGAGAUUUUAGACCUUCACACAACAGCAGUGGUGUUGAUAUGAUUCAUGGAAGGCAGAGGAAACUCACAACAGCAGAAAACAAAAGAAAAGUGGAGUUGCCACUGAGGCAAGAGUUAUCAGAGUCAUUCCCUAUCAUAAAGCUCCAAAAGUCUGCAUUGAAAGAACCAAAUGAGAAAACAAAUUCACUUGAGAAUGACAAGAAGAAAGCUCAUGAUAGGUCAAAUUCUGCUCUAAAAUGCCAAGCAUCAGACUUGGAUGAGAAACUUGAAAUCUCAAAGAAGAAACUCCAUCAGAGAUACCAAGCACAUGAAAAGAGUGUGUGCCUCUUUUUUAUGGUCCCUUUUUGUUUUCUAAGUUGGAAACCAGCAAUAAUGACUACAAAAUCUUGCUUUCUGAUACCUUAUUUUGAAUUUCAAUUUCAACAGGGAGAAGGAUCAUAAAGUACAUUCCGGAUAUACAACAUAUUCCUAGAGAUGCAAGCAGAAGGUCUCAAAAAGACUGAAAAAACUGAUGGUUAAGGCAAAACUAGUUCUUGGGAUUCCAUAACUGAAUCAGGAAGCUUAAUCUACCAUUUAUGCUUGAUAUGAUAUGAUCUUAACAAACUUAUAUGUUAGCGUUUUAAAUUCUUGACAGGCACAUAUUUAUGCUAAGGUAAGAUAGUUUCCAGAAUUUUGUUAGAUAGAUAGUAAUCUGCGUACUAAUGAUCGGUUCGAUUUUCAUAACCUUAAGUAAGUUUUACAAAGAUGCUCGUUUGAAGUUCAAAUAUUAUUUUGUUUUUAUUUAUUUAGAAUUUAUUUUUAUACCAAAUUUGAUAUUUUAUUUUAUUCUACAUGCAUGAUGGAAAAUAAAAUAUGAUCAAAUUAAGGAUUCAAGAACAUGUACAUGACAAAUUAACAACAUAAAUGAUUGAACAUAUAUUGAAAUCAAUGACAACUUUAACAAUUGCAAACAUCUAGAAUGGUUUUAAAUUUAAUAUCUGGAAGCGAAACAUAUUCUUCUUGCGAGUACCAAUUUUACAUGCAUCAAAGUUUUUACUUUAUCAAUGAAAUAAAAGAAGCUACAAACUUUGCAGAAUCCAAAAAUAAACAAGGAAAGGAAACAACUUUGAUUUGCAAAUUAGAUAAACAACUUCACUGAAUUUCGAAGUGAUUACAAGUACAAGAAAACUCCAUAGAAAUUUGGAAUACAACAAGAACAGAAAAGAACAAACUUGAAUAAAAAUAAACUAAGCAGGAAAACUUUGCAG